AGUUACUUUUCCAUGGUCUGUCCCUCUGCGGUCAGCCUACUCGCCCCCAAGACUCACGCCGAACCCUGGCUAGGACAGAUCGGACAUAACCCUCCCAUGCUCAGCAUCUCAUACUCCCUGACUACCCGACGUCCCAAAGAUACACGCGAGAACAUCCUUGCCACGAGGCAGUUCAGCGUCAACAUUGUUAACGAGCACCUCGCUGUACCUAUGAACGCGACUUCGGUGUGGAGUGUCCGGCGGAUGUGGACGAGUGGAAGAUUGCGGGACUCAGGAAGCGGCCAAGUGUUCGUGGGCAUCAAGCCCGCGCUAGUCGAUGCCAGUUCGGUGAACUUCGAGUGCGAGGUGGGUCAAACCAGCAAUCUAGCGGCGCAGGGACUAAUCCCUCCCCAACUCUACCACCACUUCGAUAUCGUGCCGCUCUCCGAAACCGGCCAGGCCAACCUGCCGCCCACCACGACCCUUAUCCUGGGUCUCAUCCAGCGCGUCCACGUCAACGAGAGUAUACUGACCCCGGAUGGGAGCGCAAUUGAUCCCGCGAAGCUGCGGGCGGUCGCGCGGCUUGGUGGCACGGCGUACGCGAAGGUGAACGAGGGCUUUGAGCUCGCGAGGCCGGUUUGGAAGGAGAUGCGGAAGGAGAUGGAUGAGGCGAAGCGAGGGCGGGAGUAGGAGGGUGCACGGGCGAAGGAGCCGUGAGCCCGCGACGUGGAUGGUCUCGUGAGACUAGGAGCGUACGUUUGUACGGCGGCGCAGAUUAGGAGCAAGGAAGUAAGGCUAUCAUGCGUAGCGAGAGGGCGCAACAUGAUACAGAGUUAUUCAUGACGAUGUAUCACAAUUACCAUGACCGAACACAAGGCCUGCACAAUGCAUGUACAACGUGGCUUAUCGCCAACGCAGCUGCGAGCACGGUCCGCCUCAC